CUCGGCGAUCUGAGCAACGACUUCCAAUGCAAAGUGAAUGUACAGCCGCGACCUGACGCGAUUCGGCACGACGUGAGCGACAAACCCGACUAGGUCGCUUCAAGUCGCGUUUGGUCUGAACGCGGCUUAAAAGGUGCAGUUUUAUCACACAGCACAACGCCACAGAUGUCACAAGUUUUGAGGGAGCGUGUGAUUGACAUGCGGACUGCGGGAAUGUCCACCAGAGCUGUUGCCUAUGAAUUAUAUGUUAAUUUCUCCACUGUAUGUGUCUCCAAAGGCGUUUCAGAGAAUUUGGCAGAACAUCCAGAUUUUCACUGCACACAAAAGUGAUGGCAGACCAUAGACUGUAUAUACGUGGCAGACAGAAGCCACAUUUACAUGUGCAAAAAGUCAAACCUGGCUGAAGUUUUGAAGAAACCAAGUCAUCUAUAUAAAAAUUUUUUUUUUUUAUGCUGUCAUCGGUACCACAGCCCCCUCUAUGACUAUACAGGGGGCUGUGAUGCGGAGUCAUUAGUCUUAAUUUAUUUUUAUUCUUUCUUCUCAUCACAUUGCAGAGAAGAACUGAUGAAAUGAUGAGAAAAAGAGACAGAAAUCAAAAUUUUCAAGACUGGGGAAGUGAUGAAUAACCAUCAUCACUUGUAAUGAUGAAAAAAUAAUCUGAUCAAAUUUUACCUGGACCUGGAUCAGGUAAGGAUCGAACCCACAACAUCAGGCGUCUUAUUGUCUGAGCUAUGUGGACAUACCAGGACUGCCACUUCCCUUUGUUUACUUCCCCUUGUCAGAAAGAUAAAGAGUUACAAAAAAGGUACGAAAAACAAAAAUUUUAAAAAUGUUUAAAGAUAAAAAACCUUUCUUGGGACUGUUACCUUGUUGUGGUAAGGGAGCUUGCAUACUGCUGUGAACCCUAAGAGCUAUGCCAUUGGAAGGCAACUCCUGGCAGAUUUUACCAAAUUGGACAGGCCGAGGGCGAAUAGUAUGGAGAAUGUUUUCAUGUUUAUAUCCCCAACUUUCUUUUGUUUAUAUUUUUGUUCAGUGUAAUUCAGAUCUAGGAAUGAACUAAUAAAUGCCACCUACUCUAUUUAUAAAGAUAGGAUCAGAUUAAGCCUCAAGUCGAGUAAGAUCAGACCCACUCCCAUCCUAUCUUCAUCCACAAACUCCCUUCAACAGGUAGAAACCUUGAGCAGGAACAGACUCAAGUUAGACAGUCAUCUGCUGAGACUGGUCUGGGUUUAGAGAGGAGAGAGGGCAUGAUGAGUCUGCAGAAUGAGGACUCGUGGAGCCCCUCUGUUCUCAAAUUCAGCAGUUUUACUCAAUUCAUCUUUAAUUCCAUCUCCACUGUGCAUCUAUGAAAGAGUACAGCUGUAUGGGCUUCUUACUCAUCAAGGUAUGAUCAAGUUGAUCAGAGCGAGGGUGCUGAUUCAUCCUGAGAAACCCCAGUGUUGUCCUAACCUACAUUGUCUGUGUGGGUUGGCAAUGCGUAGGUGGACUUACAAUGUCUUCUGCAUGAAGAAAUAAAAGCUGUAGCAGUCUAGAGUACAUGUUUGUUAGUUUACAAAAAGUUUUACAACAUCGACAUUUCUGCUCGCCUCACCUUGGACACUCAAACUGUGAAAGGACACAAUGAGAUCAGGAGUUACAACAACAACACAAAACAGACUAAAAACAGAAUCAAACGAACCCCAGGUGGUUCACACUGAUAACCUAUAAAGAUUUAAAUGUUGACAACACCUUAACAAACUCUUAUCUUGUUUGUAGAUCAACGUGAUUGUCUUGAAAUCACUAAACAGUCAUAGCGGAAAUGAUUUGCAGAUGUCUACAGCUCGCACCGACUCUCCACCUGUAUAUAAAGACGUAGAGAGACACCCCGACAGCAGAGCAGCUCCUCGCACUUCAACUGAAGCUCUGCAGGCGAGACGACGCCGUCAUGCUGCUGGUGAGUUUGGCCUUGAUUGUAACUGUGUUUAUAGAUCAUAUAUUUGUAGUCUGGCCUAUAGAUUUAUGUGAUAUAAUACAAAACAUAGAGGUCAAAAGGUUACAGUUUUUUAAAACCAAUUAUGUUUAUUUGUGUGAAGGUGUUGAGAGCUUCGUUUUUACUGAGCCUGGUCAUGCUGCUGCACGCCGCCAAGAAAGACCAGGCAGUGAUGAGAGGACAGAGAACCAGACAGAGAGCAAGGACCUUGAGGCUGGUCCUGGACCCCUCAGUGUUAUCUCACAUCAGCGGUAUGUCCGCCUCAACCAUCGCCAACAUGUCUCUGUCUCCAUGGACAUACAGGUGAGGGACUUACCUUUUGUUUUUGUCCUCUUGGCGUGUGUUCAGUCUUCACUAAGUUGGAGUUUUUAACUUUUCUCAGAGAAUCACGUGAGGAGUCUCGUCUGCCGAUGCAGAUCUCUCAUGCUGAGUGUCUGACCUCUGGAUGUCUAAGUCUGCUAGGGGAUGGAGAGGAUGCAGCUCUGAUGGCGAAACCCAUCUACUACCAGAUCCUGGUCCUCCGCAGGUACGCCCCUGACUAUUUAUAUAGUUAAACCCAGUUUGCAGAGUGUUUUUUCCUAAUAAUCUGACGCAAUGUAAUGUAAUGUAAUGUAAUAAUAUAAUAUAAUAUAAUAUAAUAUAUGAAAUAUAAUAUAAUAUAUGUUAAAUAUAAUGUUAUAUAAUAUUAGAAUAAAGAUCAAAUGUAAUAAAAUAAAAGAUAGAAUAUAUUUUUAAUACAAUGAGGUAAAAAUUAUAUUAUUAUGAAAUAAUAAAAUAAAAAUAUAUAAUAUAAUAUAGUAAAUAAAAAAUAUAUUUUUAAUACAAUGAAGUAAAAAUUAUAUAAUAAAAUAUAAAAUAUAAUAAAUUAAAAUAAAUUAAAAAAGUGAAAAUAAAUUAAAUUAAAAAUUAAAAUAUAAUAUAAUAUAAAGUAAUAUAAUAACAGUAAUUUGUAACGAAGCACUGACUGUUUGAAAAUCUGCAUUUCUCAAUUUUCUUCAUGCAUUUUACAACUGACUGUUUUCAUAAUCUCUAACCAUGGACAGAAAAUUGUGAAAGUGUUAAUUUACAUCAAUCACAUGAUACAAAGUAAGAUAGUUUAAUCUUGGCUUGAAUAAGUUCAAAUAGGAAAGAUUAUACGGUAAAAUGACUCUAAUAAAUUCAGCAUUUUAACCAAUAAGUAUUAAAAGUUCCACGUGGAAACAAAAGUGAACCUUUGCUGUUAUCUCUUCUGUCCAUUUUGAAAUCAUUUGUUCCUAAUGUGUAUUUUCUUAAUUGAAAAAAUAGUGAGUCCUCAUAAUUGUCUGAUUUCACUCCAGAGUCUUGAAGCAAAAGCCGAAGAAGACAGGAAGGGGGAAGGUCAAGAAGAGGUACGUCUUCAGACUGGGGACCGAGGUGGUCUCUGUGGGCUGUACCUGCGUGAGGCCCAGUCUUGUACCGCAGCCGUGACAGAGUCAUGUCACCUGUUUUUAUUUCUCAUCUUUUUAUGCUUAAAUAACUUAAAUCUGUUAAAAUGAUGUCUCAACUUUAUUGUAAGGAGUUUUAAAGGUGCUGUUUAACUCAUGUGUCCAUCUCUAUCUCUCUGUGUGAGUGUAUUAAACCGCAUAAUUCAUGUCAAAGUCGAUCAAUAAGAACAAAAAC